UGGAGCAGAACGUAUACCUCACCACUUUAUCUUUGCCUGGCCACCACCAUGACAUCCCUGCUUCUGCUGCUGUUCCUGCCAUUCGCCGUGCUUCUUGGCCAAGGGGAAUCAUUCCUGGGUAUCCCACACAGACCACCCAAGAAAGAGCCUGACGAUACAUCAUCCAAUGAGGAACUCUGCCAUUUCCCUUUUCGCUAUCAACGCCAAAUGCACUACUCCUGCAUCCCGGGUAGUUUAUUCAAUCCUCGGCACUGGUGUGCUACCACAGAGAACUAUGACCGAGACGGUAAAUGGAAGUACUGCGGGGAAGAGGAAAGGCCACAAAGACACUGUGACCCCAACCCAUGUGAGAAUGGUGGUAUCUGUGAAGCCAGGCGAAUUGGGUUCCACUGCAUAUGUAGACCUGGGUUUCAUGGAAGAAACUGUGAGAGAGAAAGCUGCUUUGGCGCACGAAGACCUCCACACAUUGGCAUGAAGGACACCUGGCUGCAGUAUCAUCAACCUGCUGGACUGGAAGAGUGCCAUUGCUUUGGGAAGGACAUUGCCUGCAGGCCUGUUCAUGGAAAGGACUGCGCAACAAACCAUUGUUUGAAUGGAGGUUUCUGCCUAGAGUUGAAGUCAAGCUGGGUCUGUGGCUGUCCUGAAGGGUUUUCUGGACCACUGUGUGACAUAGACCACAACCAGACAUGCUACAGUGGAAAUGGGCAUCUGUAUCGAGGAACAGUCCGGAACGGGGUCUCAGGGGCACAUUGUGUGCCCUGGGACUCUCCCUUCCUGGAUUCUGAGUUCUCCAUCAAUACGGACAAUGCUGCCAGCCUGGGCCUGGGAGCGCAUCCCUUCUGCAGGAAUCCGGAUAAUGACACCCAGCCAUGGUGUUAUGUGCUGAACAACAUGCGGCUCAUCUGGGAAUUCUGCAAUGUCACUCGCUGUCUCCCCCCAACAGCAGGUAGCAUGGUUCAACAGCAAGAAAAAGAACUAACAGAGACAGAGCAGAUGUCCUCAAACCAGACCCUCGGCUACAGUAGUAUCCUGUCUGAAUCAACCACCAUCACUCCACUUUGUGGGCAGCGCUAUACAAAAACCACCUCUUCUCGCAAACGUAUUGUGGGGGGCAUGGUGGCACUUUCUGGUUCUCACCCCUACCUAGCUGCCUUGUACAUUGGGGAUCAAUUCUGUGGGGGAAGCCUUAUUGCCUCCUGCUGGAUCCUGACUGCUGCACAUUGUCUGGACUUCAGGCCAGAUGUGUCCAAGAUUUCAGUGGUGUUGGGUCAGACCCUCUACAACAGGAGUACUGCAGGGUCUGUGAAGCUCCAUGUCCACAGUUAUCGACUGCAUGAACAUUAUUCUAUGCUCACCAAGCAACAUGACAUUGCAUUGGUGCAACUGAAGGAAAGGAUACCAGGCCGCUGUGCUGAGUUUUCACACUCCAUUUCCCCCAUCUGCCUGCCCAGUUCCAUGAAAUCAACAUAUGACACCAGCAAGCAGUGCCAGAUCGCAGGAUGGGGACAUAUGUAUGAAGGAGCCGACAAACUCUCCUUGUUCCUCCAGGAGGCGGAUAUGCCCAUCAUUCCUUAUGAACAGUGCUGUUCCCAGCAAAUACAUGGGAAUCGCAUCACACAAGGCAUGCUUUGUGCUGGAUACCUGGAUGGAAGAGCUGAUGCUUGUCAGGGAGAUUCUGGCGGGCCCCUGGUGUGUGAAGGACAGAGCGGAGCCACAAUCCGUGGCAUUGUCAGUUGGGGGACAGGCUGCGCACAGGAGAAUAAGCCUGGGGUCUACACCAAUGUUGCUGACUACCUCGACUGGAUUCAAAGUAACAUGCAUUAGCAGUCGCGAGGGUAUCAUUCCACUUCAGUCAAGCCCAACAUCUGUGCUGACAUCUUAUUUUCUCCAGCGGUUAUUGAUUAUUUCUUAUUGGUGUGGCAUAGAUCUAAAUAAAGUAAGACACACUACUGAUAACUGCAGAACCCAAACUAAGUAAUAAACAAACCAGAUCCAUCAA